AGGCGUGUUUUUGUUCAUUGUAGUACCUCCUGCCCCUCAAUACGGACAUUAACGCUCCAUCUUUUAAACCGUCCCAUCAUGCUUGAAUGCGACAAAUGAUCGUGAUUGACAUAAAGACGAUUUUUUAUAUGCUCGGAAUAUGAGGAUUAAUAUUUAUCAUACUUACUCUUUGAAGAAUUCAUCUUUAUGGCUAAUGGCUGAUGUAGCUUUGAUAGAGAGUUUAAUUACCUUUGUCGCAAUGGCUAUGGCAGUACUUAUAUAUCCAUACUAUAAAAAUAACAAGGAAGAAGAAGGAGAGCUACAUCAAUCGACGACGCAUGAUGACGACGUCUUCGUUCUGCCAAUUGCGACUGCUGCUGGCCAGUCCCGGUCUCAUGUGUUAAUUGGAAUGCGAUGGGAGUCUCUCUACGCAGGAUGAGGACUUCUCGAAGAACAAGAGCUGCGAUUGAGAGUCCGCUUAGAGGACGGUGAGGCAGCAGAUCAAUGGGCGCCACUGUUGUAUUGAUCCAACAAGCCGAGGCGGCUGCCGCACGGCUUCCUCCACUACUGGAGGUGAUAAGAAGAAAGAGCAAGGCACGACGAGGACGGCUUUAGGCAGAACGAUACCGCAUUUGGCGGACUUGAGGGAGGUGGAACUACUGGAAGGACUGAUUCUGAUAUAGAACUAUAGGAGCACGGCAAGUUGUCAUCUUCACGUUCUUCAAAUGCUGGAAGUUCAAAACUUUUGCUCCACAAGAUGAGGCGUGGAAUCAGAAAAGCAACUAUUGCGGAUACUCUUCAGCAGCGAUGGUCUCAGAAACGUGGAGGAGCGGCUGGCGCAGACGGCGCAGAGCAAGGCUACGCCUUUGCCCUGCACGACGCUGCAGCCGAUUAUCUGCCAUCUUCGGUGGGGGACAGCGACGUCAAGGAAAGGUCACAGUUCAACAAGGAUAGUGCGUCUGGUACCUCAUUCUUUAGCGAAUGAUCACGCGUACUACCUACUGAGAUAGUUGUUGCUCUUGCUCAUCGCAACAUUGUUCUGAUUUUGAAGAUCAUCACUUUCCCGGUUUUCUUGCUGGGUCAACUAGUACGUCACCUAAUAUUAAAUAGUGCGAAAUUAUGGUCACUUGAAAAAAUCAAGGUGCCGCCGGCGAGCAGUUACAGCCGUCUUAUGUGGUUUUUGAACGUGGUUCGAAACUCAGUAAGACUCUGGAAACGGGACGACUUUAUCGUUUGCAGUUUGCGGAUGCGCAGUACAACUAUCUCCUCGUUCGUAUAGAUGAAGAAAAGUUUGUGGAUUCGGUGAAAGGAUCUGCAACACUGUCCAUCGACCAGAAACUUGCGGACGCUGCCUUUGAUCUACAGUUAAGCCUAGAAGUUGGGGAAGAUCCACCUGCUGAUCCUGAAGAUGUUGAACAAGUAGGAUGUCAGGUAGACAAAUUGAUCUUGUUGAUGGCCACCGGUCGUGUCUAGUACAACGACCAUCAACAUUAAGAAAGUUUGAAUUCUCUAAGAUCCCAGGGGGGUACUCGUGAGCCCCGGAGCGGUUCCGGCAAUCUGGCUAGUGGCGGUGGGAGUAGGCCUUUGGAGCAUCUCGGAGAGGAGCCCGACAGUACUGCAACUACAAGUGGCUUGCGCUCAGUGCGUGCCCAGGCGCGACUGCUCGAAGUGGUGCUAGUACCGCAAACGUCCGAAAUGGAGUACGAAUUAGAGAACCUUGAAGUGACUUUGACAGCGCGGAAGCAGAUGACCAAGCGCGAUCUGUGGCACUACCAACGGGAGUUGCUGGACCUGGCAGGAAAGUCGCAAGCACCCGUAUUCUAUCUUACGAGCUCAUAUGUUGGAUCAUGGAUGAAAACGAAAAGCAUGAAGAUCGUGUCUUUUCGAACAAGUAGGGUUGAUCAACGACACAAAAGCUUUGUUCUAUCUGUAGCAAGCAUGCAAGGAGGAGUCAUGGUGAACAUCGACAAGUUCAGACAUUAUAUGAAAAUAAUAUUGAAUAUGAAGAUGGAUCACCCACCACAUUUCUGGGUGAGAGAUCUUCUAACUAAAAGGGUUUUGUUCCGCCGGCGUCGGAGUAUCUAGUUGAAGGAGCGGUGGCAACGUCAGUCUCUCUAGCCGCGGUUGGUUCAAGCCAAGAGCAAGCUCCUCCUAGCACGGGAUCAACGCCUGCUGCAGGCGACGGAGGACCGACCACAGGAAGCCGCGGCGUUGCAAACAUCUCAAGUGCGGCAGCUCCGCCGACAAACAUGCCGAAAGUCGUCACGUCUGGCGGGAAAACAGGAGGACUAACGCCAUCAUCGUCUUCAGCGACCGAUUCUGGAAAGCGCGCUCCGAAGCUGCAGUCUGGUUUAGUUGUGAAGAAAACUGGCAUUUCCUUCCGCAGCACUGCCGCAGAGAUCUUCAUGUUCAUCGAAAUUUCCCAGGAAAUCUUUGAUUUCUCACAGGCAGGGGAAGCUCUCUACUACCAAAUGCUUCGUUUUAUGAGUGAGUGCAUCGAGCUGCAAAAAAAAGCCUCGUGCGAUCACGAACUGGUGAUUCUUCUUUUUGGUCGGUCGAGACAUCCGAUAGGCUGUAAAAAGCCGGGCGCCCACGGGUUGAUGACACCUUCGCGUGGAGGCCCAGGACAAGAUGCCUCGGGAACGCCCGUCGUGCUUUCCACACCAGUCAUUGCAGCGCACGAGGAUAGCACCAGCUCUUCCGCACCACUGCAUCCAAUAAAGACCUGCAAAAAUUAUAACUCUCGAGCAGAACAAAGAGAUGAUCAACACAGCAUCUUAUCGUCUCCGAGCGAGCAAUCGCGAGCCCUUACAGCCGAAAAUGUAUCGCACUUGCAGUCAGUCAAGGUCAACAAGAGUACUACAACAGUUGGUUUCGAGAUGACACUCGAGGAACAGCACAAAGAACGAACUGCGAGCACCAGCAGUGUUGGACGCGACUCCAUGAAUGCAGACUCACCACGAAGAACGGAGACUCUGGUGAGCCAGAAGAGUUUCCCACCUGUUGCUGCAUCUCAGACGGUGCAAGCGCAGCAAGAGGAUUCGAAGGAUUCCACGCCGCGGGGGCUGGGAGCGGCACGUCAGGGCGAGGACAGUGCAGAGCCGGGAACAUGGAAAGUACCCUUGGCUGGUGCACGCGGUGUGUUUUCUGGCCGAGAAAGAGGCGCAGAGAAGCGGGGAACAAUUCCCCAUGGUAACCUACUCAUGGGGAAUGGGAACGCAAGAGCGAAGCACGGCGUUGUCGGCACUGAUAAUUUAAUCUCGUCUCCUGCGUCCGGAAGUGCUACUUUCGACGAGCAGCAGCCGGCGACGACGCCAAAAGUAGGCAGCGGGACGAUAACUGCUCCUGAGUUGGAAGCGGUAACGGAUUGGUUUGAGGUCGCAUGGAGCGGCGCCCUUUCUUCGCUUCCGUCUACAAGCGAAUUCGUGCAGGCAUUGUCGGAACGGAUUUCAAGCUUUGAUCCACGGACGCAAAGUUAAGGGUAGUUUAUCACUAUCCACCCAUGUGGACCGACUAUACUGAGGAGUGAGAUUGUUCCCCCCCUGAUCUGAAGGGGAAGAUAGAGGGGAAGAGGGCAACUCACUCGGCCAAGCCAGGAUAGUGAAAAACUACCUCGAACAAAGUAAUCGUUUUCGCGGUGAUGUCGACCAGGUUGAAGUUGCACCUGUUACAAGCACGCGCGUCUCAAAACGCGGCUCGGUCGAAUUAGGUGGUUCUUGCGCUUCGCCGCGGCCGCGACAGGCCUACCAGUUCCACAACACAGAUGCACGACUGUCCAAACACAGAGGGUCUCCUUUUGUGCUAGGCCGUUCGCUAGUGGGAGGCCCUUCUGUGGCACCAGGAGCAACGACGACAACAGGUGCCGUGAUGAGUGCUUCCUCGGAUGUAAUUGGAACAAAACUUGAAAGUGGAGGCGAGGAUCUGCAGCGAUCAGAAACGAUACCUCCAGAGCUGCCGAUCGGGUAUUCCCCUGAGGUAAUGAACCGCGUAGACACGACUGGCACGUCGUCGUCAGAAAGCACGACUGCGCUCGAUGUGCCAGCUUUGAGGAAAAGCGGCAUCGUGAACUUGGUGCCUGCGUCAACUACAUCGGAGGUGCAUGCUCCUGUAUUAAACAAACCUCCGCCACCUUCAUCUGGAAUGAGUGGACCUACAUUUUCUUUAGACGGAUACAAAGGCAACCGCGCAAGCGGGGUGGACAGUGGAGCUGAGUCGGUUUUUAGUGGUCAUCACAUCGCGGCUGGCUGCACUCCGACGCGCGGAAAUUCUAUGCGUGGUCAGAUAGUACAGCAGGAUCCCUCCACUACAAAUGUGAUUUCAUCGUCACAAGUAGACGCGGCAACAAUGGCCAUCAAGACCGGGGGCCACCACAACAAGCAGUCGUCUAUGUUGCCGAAUCUCGACCACCAGCACAGCGCCGAGCGGUUGAGUAUUUCGUCGUCAGUUUUGAGUCAGCGGAUGAUGUCCGCAUCGUGCUCUGAUUCUUUUGACGCAUCAGGUGGCAGGUGCGCCGAAGAUUUGUUUGCGGAGGCGCGCGUGGACACGAUCUCUGACGUCCAGGAGCCAAGCUUACCAGGAUCGUGUCGGCAGCUGCCUUUUCUGGAGGCGCUGAACGUUGCUCUCGAUGCCUUCGAGCACCACACGCUGGAUCGCAACCUGCUGAUCAAUGGACAAGCGAUCUUCGUAUUGUCAGCAAACCACGGCGUUGUGUACACGCAUAAGCAGCUGUUUUUGCUCACGCAACGACGCUUCUCGCGUAUGGGAGUGCGCUGUUUCCUGGUUUGUUUCCGGGAUCGCCCCUUGCAUCGGGUGCCCUUGGUUCUGGUACCCAGGCCAGGAGGCCUCUUGCACAGCUAUCAUGCGGUGAAGAGGGAUGCUUUCCUUUCCGGUGCCAAGAGGACAAGUAGUUCAACAAGUUGUGCUGGCAUUGGCAAGCGAGGAGGACGAGGAAACUACAAGACGAGUCAAACACAAGAACAUCACUCAGAACAUCAACACCCAGAUUUUUACGGGUCCUCUAGUAAUAUGGCAGUGACACUACAAGAAGAACAAUACCUCCACACCUCCAACAUGUUGAAUGAGCUUGGUGGAGGUGUGUCGUGGAGGAAUGCGAAGAACUCCGCUCCUGCGAUUAUUCAGACUGGCAAUGAGACCUACAGCUCCGCCUCCGGCACGGUCACAGAUGUGACCUCAACGAUGCGGGGUAAUAUGGGGUCUGGUACCAAUCCAGAAGUCCCUCAACACCAGACGGGGGUAUCAGCGAGCAUAGGAGGCGCAGGGGUGCAAUUCGUCUUCCUAGAUGAGCAAGGUUCAGAUUCAAAAGAAGAUGCACGGCAUAAUGAAGAAGGUCAACAAGGAAGACCGACUAGUCAAGAAGAAAGAACGACCGCAGCGGGACCUCCUGCCGCAGGAGGGAAAAAAAAGCAAGGGGCGGAGGCCACUACGGCUACAACAGGAGUAUCCUCAACCUCUACGGGCACGACCGCGGCACCUGUGGCGAGAGGUACGGUACAACCACCGCCAGGACAGGAGCAAAAACAUCUAUUGGACGCUGUUGCGAGUCCUUCGACCUCAUCGCCAAGAGGGUCCUCGUUGCAUCGGGUUCUAGAAGAGGGGCCUUUUUCUGGCAGCAAUACCGAUUCCAGAGCGGCCAGCAGACAGAUUCGUGAGCAAGAAGCUUAUUUGUCACCACCGUGGCAUGUGGAUGGUAGUCCUGCUGAUUCCACCCCAACGAGUUCAUGCGAGUCGGUGAAUGCCACUAAUCCUACAAUGACCCAGCAUUCUUUGGGUGAACCGUCCCUGGUGUCGUCGGGGGGAGAACUUCUUCUAGACCACGAAACAGCACCAGCGCCGUCACAGCAGCUUCAGACAGAAGUAGAUCUCUGGGGCGUGGCCUACGGCAAAACGUCAAGUCUCGACUUCGCGCGCCAAAAACUGAAAGCACAACAAGCGCACUCGAAAGUCGUGAGGCCUGGCGGCAAGCCUGCAGCUGAAGUCAGGGAGUUUUUUCCAGGAAAUCAUACUAGCAGUAGGAGAGACCAGGCUGCAGGAGUUGCACGAGGUGGUCGAGAGCAUCAACAGCAAGAUAACUUGAUAGUCGGAUCUGCGAGAGGCAGUCGAGAACGAUUUCAGUCUAGUUCUGCUCAUCGUCCUUUCAAAUACAGCGCGGGUGGCGGCGUUCUUGGAGGCGGGCAGCUCUCCGGGGCUUCGCCAGUUUGGCAGCAUUUCUACAGUAAUCAGUCUUCCUGGGGCAGUCAACAAGGCGGCGCGCCUUUUCUCCUGUCGCGUGGCCCAAGGGUGGACCAGGAACAAUGGGUCAUCCAGAAUGCGCUUACGCCUGAGGCAAGUCAUCCUGACUUGCAGCACUUUUAUGCGGCAUCUUCAUCGCCUGCUCUUCUUGCGGGUACUGGAGGAUCGCACCAGUUUUUACAUCGUGUGGAUAGCAGUGGACAGCCCUUAUCACACAGAAUGAGCUACAAUAAGUAUCCUGGUUCUCCAGACCAACAUAAUUUCCUGAUGAAGAGCGCCAGCAGAAUGUCCUCGUCAAGUCUUAUCGGAAAUUGCGGGAGUGUUUCCCAGUUGAGGAUGCUGGGCAGUAUGCUCGCGGCGAAUCCAAGCGGGAGCGUGCCGUCCCUCAUUCCCAGCCCUGCGAGCAAGAUACUCAUGAGGCAAGUGUCGCAGAGUGGCUACCACAACAUGCUAUUGCAGCAGCAAGCGGCUAGCAGAGGGGAGCCUCUCAACAUGUCUGGUCUUGCUAGCGGGCGAGCACUGUUAGGCUGUGAUAGAGACAUCCGUGCCAGCAACAUCGUAGUUCGCGGUGACUACAACCAUUUCUGCAAAAUGGGCGCCAUUGGGUCAGCGUCCUUCCAGAAUUUACUAAGCGAAGCAGUUAUGCAGCACCAUAGUUUCGACCACGCUGCAGCUCAGCGACCGCCUCUAGAACAAGCAGGUCAUAGUAAUACCGAUGGCGUGAGGACGGGAUCUGCUCAACAGUCUUUAUUAUCGUCAACUUUGAACGGAACGACGCCUGGCGUGCAUGCCUCUUCGGGCAAACUUUCGGCGAGUUCGACCAUGCAGCGCCGAAGACACGGCGGACACGCCGUCCCUGUUGUCAAUUAUACGCAACUGCAACAUUCCAGAGGCCGUAAAGUCACGACGAGACGCGAUGGCAUUCUGUACCUUCCCCUGAUCGCGAAUAAGGUAGAAGGGAGAUACAACAGGAUCAGCAGCUCCACAUGGGUAGAGCCAAGUGCUGGUAGCAAUACGAGGAAGCCUUUCCAAAAAUCUCGAGGAGGACUUCUACUGCACAGCUCAUAUUAUGGAACAAUCCUCUUCCUCAGCUGAACAAUCCUCAACGCCAUCCCUGGCUCUUUUUCUUCUACCUGAAAAUGAAGCCAAACAAUCCUCAACGCCAUCCCUGGCUCUUUUUCUACCCGAUGAAAAUGAAGCCAAGGAUGGACUACUUCUCAGGGACGCGACAACGGUAGCUCUAAUCAGAUAGCCAUAUCACCUUCUGGGGAAAUGAGCAGUUGAAUAUACAGCGGCUACAUUUUUACGACAACGCUCUGCGAAUUUGCGUACAGAAGAGGACUGCAGGCAUUAGUGCCAGACGCGCACUAAAAAUGAAUAUCCUCAGCGCGGCAGCAUCCGGCGCGUCGACGUAUGUACCUACAUUAAGGCUAGUUUUUCAUCACUUCUCGAGCAUGUGCUGGAGCAUCAUUCUGACUAGCAUCUUGUUAUACAUGAUAAACAUAGGACGAGAGAAUAUUAGAGCAAGGGGAUCUUCCUCUCCUAAGUUACUCAACGAACAAGAGUCACUGUCAGAAUGAACGAAGUCGCCGAUAAAAAAGAGGAUUUUCUACUUCUAAGAACAGGCUUAUCUGAAAAUACGUCAUUGACUGCAGACUAACCAAUUUGAUCCAAACUCUUAGGGACGUUAACACACAAACAAAACGAAAAAUGUCAUCCAGCAGCAAACCGCCUCUCUGUCCUGUGAUCUGGAUUGUUUUCCUCUCUAGUGGAGUAUGGUUUUAGACUAUCUAAGGCUCGCAAGUAGCUUCUAAGAACAGGCGAACAAUAUCAGCCGAGAGCAGGCGGGUGGCAAAGGACGCCACUGAAGGGCCUCUUUCCGGAGGACGGGGGGAGUGGUGGGAGUGACGAUGGAGCCACGACGCCUUCCGGUGGGGGAGCGAGCUGUAAGUCGAGCAAAGACACCAAGACGAAGACCGGUAAUACAGCUGCGCCAGGAGUUUUUGUAGUAGUACAAGCUUCUUCACAAUCUUCACCUCUUCAGUUGUCUAGACAAAGGAACAUAGGACCAGUGCCGGUGGCGGCGUCUUCAUCGCUUGAGGCAAGGGGUUCCCGAACCGGUGCUGAGGAGGUGCGACGAGAAGGGACUUCGCCUGCGCGCACGAUAAAUUUGGCAGCGCCAGUGUCGUCGUCCAGUUCUUUUCCCUGCGUUUCCGUUUCGUCCCCAGAUAGAACAAGCAUGAUGAGCGUGCCACGAGAAAAACAAGUUCUUCCCGCACCAGGAGCUUCUUUGACGUCUGCCAAUGGGGGUGGUGAAUUGCAUUCACACAGUCACGGACAAUUCUACAACAUCUAUGGUGCUGACCAGCAGAACCCUGAUUGUACUGCUGCGAUCACCUCCCAGCAGCAGGAACGGGUGGAACGCGAAGGUCCCUCGGGGUCACCAACUUCCCUCUCCCACGAAGCUACCCUUGCUGCAUCGACAAUCAAAAAGCAAAUGCGCAGUGGAACAAGUUACGGAGCAGGCCAUCUUCACCUACAACAGGGUUCGUUUGCAACAUUAGCAGGAGAUGACUUUCAUCUCCAAGUUCAACAGGAACAUCUUGUUCCCCAUGGAGGUGUUGUUUCACCAGGUGGAGAUGUUUCGACGUCACCUGAGUUCACUGUUGUUGCGUCAGAGCCAGGGUUUAGGCGGUUGCGAUACCAGGAGAUGUUCGACGAGCUAGCCCCGAACUUCUUCGCUGUGGUCUAUUAUCCGGAAGUGUCGUUUUUUGAUGACAGCGCUCUGCGACAAAAUAUCUCUUCGCUGUAUGGUCUUGACAGCUUGCUGGAACAGUGCACGCAGUUUGAGCUGUCUCGGCAGCGGCGGAUCGAAAAAGCCGCAGCGGAAGCUGUGCGCCGACAGGUAGACUUUGACCGUACCCAGAUGAAAACAACUACGCCCAACGAAGGUGCUGGAGACGUUGGCACCAGUGAUGCAGAAAAUGAUGAAACUGAAAUAUCACAAAGCCCUUCCACCUCUACUAUCACGAAAAGAUCAGAUGGAAAAAGACCUCAACAACGAGAUGAAGGAGCUGAAGAAAAGCUGGCUUUAUUUCAGGUUGUCGGAAUUGACGACGCCGGAAAUGACACAAGCGCACUCGAUUCGGAUCCCGGAGAGCAAAGCAAGACGGUCAUUCCAAACUUAAGAACAGAAGGUCAUACGAAUACGAUGGAGGAAAGCAAGCAACUGCUGCUGCCUGAGGGGCUACUCUCAAAUCAUGACACUGAGCGAAUAUCUGCGGACCGCGGUGCAUCGCGCUUGCGCACUUCAGACGUGGCGGACACGGACAGGAUGCUUCCAGAUGCAGGAGGACGUCAAAACAAUAAGGCUUGGAUGAAGCACUUGCAAAGUUGUUCAGCAGCUGCCGGACUCGCUAACAACUUCGGAAGUGCAGCGCUUCUCCUCCCGUCACCGGCUGAGGCUUUUUUCGCGUCCUAUCGAUGCCAAAGUUACUUGCAAGAAAGGCAGAACUUGGGACGGUUUCCGCGGGACCUGCUGCCGGGAAGUAGUAAAAAGAUGGGGGUCUACGACAUGGCCGCUUCGGGCACGCGCGUCCGAGCCGUUGUCGAACUUGAAGCCGUUCGAAACCCGCCGAAGCGACAAGAACUUGUAAAGUACUACAACAAUGUGCAGCAGCCUCGCGGACGAAUAGAACGACGGAGGUCGCGGCGGCGACUGCGACUGCGACGCUCAAGAAUCAAAGCGGGAAACGGGCACGCCAAAAACCUGUGCGUAGGUGGAGAUAUAUCAGAAGAGCAAGGACUAGGAGACGAUGCGAAGGAAAGGAACAGCAGCUCCACUAGCACCAGUGGCACGACAAGUGGGUCCAGCGAGGUGAGCGAAGAGGACUGCUCAACGGGGUCCUCGGGAAGCGAUCCUCAACUACAGCAUCUUGGAGCCAAAGGACAGCCUCAUCAGCAGGAUCAAUGUUCGGCAGGUUCCACUUCCACUUCCACCUCGCCAGCCUUUGUUCGGGUCGCAGGGCGUUUACGGCGCCCACUCUUUGUGCCACGGUGGACGGCCCAAUUAGAGGACCAUGUAGCUGCGGGAAGGCAUCUUCAUUUAAGGCUAGUAUUUCACAAACUCAUUUUUUUAUUGAGAUUUGGGAGGCAUCUUUGAGUUUGACGCAUUUUUGACGCGGGGGAAACGCACUGCGGUCAAAGAUGAGCUGAAGGAUGAAUACAGGGAACGUCUAACUCAUGCUGAGGAGCACAGCGAGGAUUCCUCGACGAGCGUUUUCUCGACUCCACGGCCACCUGCCGUAGUCCAGACGUCGCCGCGACCUCUGUUAGGCGACGUGACUCCGCUUACAAUCGGGGUUAGCAGUACUUCGAAGACCUCCACAGGAAGACUGAUGCGCUUGGGGGCAACGCCGGCGAGUAGCGCGUCUUCUAGACUAGGAGGCAGUGGGCAGCCAUUCUUCGUAUCGCCAGCGAGGAACAACAUGGUUACGUGGCCACGGAUGGUGCGGGCGAAGGAGCCGCUACGCUUGGAAACGAUGUUCGAAGUGGCGACUCCGAAGCACGGGGGUAGCGAUUCAGAAGCGGCACUGACUAAUACCACAACAGCACCAGGAGGGACUAACCAAGAUGAAAAUAUGAGUCCCAGCACAUCGAUAACAUCACAGAGCGCAGAAGGGCGAUCUUCGAGGCCACUGGGAAAGGCAGGUAUUGGUAUAGCAUCUUCUGCACCUCCCAUCAAUCCUGCCGAUGUAUUGCCUGCCACUGGUAGAGAAUUACUCGAACAAGCUGCAGGUCGUGCGAGCUGGGUGGCAUCGGCGUCUUCAUCUGGCGUAGAAGUGAAGACGAGUGUGAGUACUGUGAACAAUAAGCCAACGGGUUUGCGGAGAGUUCUCACGUCACACGUGAGUUCUCCUGGAAUGGGGCUGCCGGUCUCGAGCUCGAAUCCGCGAGUGCUGAAAGCGGGAACGCUGGAGCCGACGAGCGCCCGGCGUGUGCAGCUCGCGGGUGCUGUUGGCAGCGCGGCCGAUUAUCAGCAACAACCACUACCGAACCAGGCGGGUCAGACAACGGCCGAGCAGAAGCGGAGGUCGCGAAGCCGGCCGAACCCGUUCAGUCGACGGCAUUCACGACCUAACAUCAUUGGCCGUGAGUACAAUCAGCAAGGGGCGUCUUUCGCUUCGCAUGCGGAUGUUAGUCGCGGACGCCGUGUUUUGGCGCCCGUGUCGGAGAGCCCAAUGCGGUCCGACGAGGGCGGCGGCGGCGAUGAGAUGACACCCAUCCAUAUGAUUUCAGCAGGGGCUGGCAGCACAACUACUAGGUCUGCAACUACAAAAUCGAAUUCGCGUGAUCUUGCGCGGCAAAGGGGGGGAGGCGAAGCAGCAGAAUCUUCGACGCCGAGUCUCUCGCCUGAGAAGCGGAUGGCCCAUGAAAGAUCGACCUCAAGGCAUGGGCGGCCGUCAGGAAAGAAGCUCAUGGGACAAAAGGCGAAGCGCUUGCUCGGCAAGAGUCUCCUGGAGGGCAAACAUCCACAAUCCUCAAACGCGUUGUUGAUCUUGAGUCAACGGCGACGCUUGAACGGAGCUGCCUUCAGCAACUACGGGUCCUCCAGCGGCGGGUAUAAGAAUCCUCGUACACUGCAGUCGUCCCCACUCGGACGAGCAGGAAACUCGCUGGCCGACGAAGACGAGGACCGGGCCGGGCAGCUGGUCGUUGGCCCAGGCGGCGCAACCAUUGAAGACUUGGAUGUCGAAGCACGCGAAGAGAGCGAGCGAUGGGUCGCAGCGCGUUUUGAGUUGUCCGAAGAGAAUCCUUCUUAUUUCAAAAAAGCGCAGCUGCUUGGUCUCACGGCUCUCUGGUCGGUUCUGAAGUCGCCGCCUCUGCUGCCGAUCUUCGUCGAGCGUCAAAGAUCCGAUAUGGGACGCAAAUCGGACAACUGGUCCUGCAUCUCGACCCGAGAGGGCUCGGCGAACCAGCUGUUUCGGGAUCUGGUCGGGACACGUCUUGUCUGCGGGAUGCAAGUCUUCCGUGAAAAAAGUGAUCGUGAAAUAAGCAUCAGUGCCAGUGCAGAUAUGAGAGCAGCAGUGGUAGGAGGAGGUAGCAAAGUAGAUGUCUCUGGUGUACGCGCUGUUGUCUGCAACUUUGAUAACAACUGGGAAUUGUGUCACUCGAUCGCCGAUCAAAUCACUGUGACACAGCACGACAAGGUGUUUGCUGCUGGGGGCGCUGCCGCAGCUGCAGGUGGCGGUGGAGCCGGAGGAUCUUCACCAAGUGGGACCGACGACAACGCGACAACAUUGCAACAGAGUUCCUUGCUUGCAGGAGGAGCCUCGUGGUCGCCAUCGAUGAUGCGUCCGCAGCUGCACCAUGGCGUGGGCAGCACCAGGUUAGGUCCGGCACCAGCUCCAGCGGGGACGCAAAGAAGUCUUUCACAACAAGCAUUAGGAUCUACUGCAACCGUAAAUUUGGCGAGCAUGACGGCGACUGGCAUGAUACAGGAGGUGGACACCGUUGCAACGAGCAAUACAGCCAUGCCUUCGUCCGGCAAUGGAGACUCGGCUUUUCUGUCUGGUCCUCGCGAUGCCACUGGUCAAGCCUCGUCCUUCGUCGUUGGCGGAAGCGAGCGUUCGCCGAUAAUGCUCGUAGCCUCUGGGUCGCCACAAGCUAGUGCUGCACAGUACGGCGGCAGUGGACCGUCGUCCGCCAGGAGUAGUAGUAGACUGCGCGCAACUUCACCUCCGAUGGAGAAUUUAAGCCGACAGGUUGUGCCGCGUGGCCAGGCGAGAACAAUGGGCAUAGCAGGUCAACAGGUUCGCCAGGGAGGAAACACGACAGGAGGAGUAGUCGAUUACCGAAGUUCACCCCUUUUGGCCCAUGCAACAAACUCGAGCCCGAGCGUGGGACCGAAGAAUGCCGGGGAUACGCUUUCGCCGACGUUGACGGGCGUUGUGCCCUUGCCGAGGGGUCCGCAGUCUGUUGCGCGCGCCUCAUCCGGUCCAUCAAUCCCGGGUUGUAGUAGAGAUUAUUCGAUGAGCAAGAGGGCCAUACUGCAUGAAAACGGCGCAUUAGUCGACGGCACAUCACCUCCAGCAGGUGAGCAUCACCAUCACGGGAUUUCUACGGAGGAACACCCACUGUCUUUGUCAAUGGGCGAUGGCAAUGGCUCUACUCCGCUCGCGGGGGCGCCAGGCGCGAGAAUCGGGAUCAGCAGGAGUCCCGCGUCUAUGAUGGGGAGGUAUCAAGCAGCUCAACGAGGCAUUGCGAAUAAGCGGCCACUUCAAUUCUUGCCAACAAGUAGCCCCAGUAAUGGAGCUUCCAGAAGCGUCGAUGUUGGAGCUAUGCUCAGUAAAAACGAUACAUCUAGUUCCGCAGCACCAUCGGCGUCUCGAAGCAAAUCUAGUCGUGAGAACCUAGUACAGCAAACGAGAUUGGCAGAAUUUGGAAACAGGCGACAGCGAGACCAGGAUGGCAGCACAGUGGAUGAGGAGGGAAAAAUCGCCCUUGCUGUUGCUGCACCAGCAGCGGUGAACGAUACAAGGCCGCGGAAGAACAUUUCAUUGCCAGUUACACCCGAAGGAAGCAGGGCAUUGGGGUCAUCGGAGGACGAGACCACGAAACGCCAAGCUACAGAGUGCUCCUGUGCAACGUCUCUGGCCACCCUGCCCACUUCACGGCAAUCAUCUCUUGUUGACCUACCGGCUGCUGGCGCUCAACAGACGUCACCUCCAAACCUGCAAGGUGGGAGAUCCGAAGGCGAAGGCUUUAUCGGGGGUUCCUCAGCAGGGCAACCUUCUGCGCAGCUAGUGUUCAAACAAGACGAGCAAGUAUGCUUGGUGCGUGGAAAUGCCCUCGAGUUCCGGAAGCCACUCGAAACGUCACCGGCUGGUUCCCUGGAUGCGGUGUCCGCGUCUUCCCCAUCGGAAGGAACAAUAUCACCAACCAGCAUAACAGGGACAUCGGCUGGGAAGCGGUCUCUCCAAAGCGAUGUCGUGCGUGCGCAGCGAGCCUUCUUCUCUGAAGGAGCUUUUCCUUUUGCUCCAGCUCUACGCGUGCCGGCGACUUCAUCUAGUACCUCCGCUACCGCCUUUGCUUCUACCAGUGGAAUUGAGCCGAAGAUGUUGAACACUCGAGGUAAAAGAAGCGCGAUAGCUCCUGAUCAAGAGCUUUUCAUAUCAGGACAGCACGUUGAAGUUGAUGCAUCUGCACGCGGAGGUUCGCGUCAUCCUCGUGCGGAGGGAUCCGCACUUCCCGAUGACGGUGAACCGAGAGCCGCUGCGCAAUCGCGUCCGCUUAGCCCUAUCGAGCUCGUUGAAGGAACGCCAGGCGCACAUCAAGCGCAGCAGGCUUUUGCUUCGCCAAGCACGAUGCUUCUCGAACAAAACGAAGGGCCAAUUGGUAACAUUGAUCAAUUCAUCUUGUCAGGACCACCAGGUGGAGGGGUUGGAACCGUGCGGGGGUCGGUUCUUCUUCCAGGUGAGGGAAGCCUGCAUCCUAAAGGAGGUGGCGGUGCUGGAAAUCUGAAUGCGCAAACAAGUCGCGCAGCUAUCGAUGACAUCGUGUGGCCCUAUCAAUACAUCCUGCGUCGCAACAUUUUGCGGUUCGCGAAACGUGCAUCUGCUUUCGCAGAGAGCGAGCAAGCCGCUCUUGCGCAACCGGUUCGCGGACCACGCCAGGCCGUCGCACCUUCAUCUCAGUUAGCCGCUGGCCCGGACGAAGGCAUGGACGCAGCAAAUAAAAGCAGGAACAACUACACUAAUAAUAGACGGAGUAAUUUCUCUACAUCAGAGCUUGAGCAGGACCUACAGCAGGACCACGGAGGUGCAGCAGGUAGCUCUAGUACAGUUACCGGUCGUGCUGGAGGAGACGGAGAUGAUCGUGGAGGACUACAGGGAGCUUUUGAGGAUGACGAGGAUGUGGGAGGUCCGAUGGACGCUUUAACUGCGUCGCCAGGGUUCCAGCGGUUGCUUAGUAGCAGUGCGAAGGCUUCCGAUCCUUUCAGUGCUGCUUCUAUGUCGUGUUCCUCCUUCUCCUCGAGUUCCAACUCAACGGGGGAGCAGGACGAUCAUGUUAGUAGUGGAGGAGACGGCGCAGGCGCUGGCCAAAAUCAGGGAGAACCCACGAGGAGUGCAGCUGCAUCAGGAGCGUGUUCAACGGCUUUCGCACUGCCAGUUUGGUCUCCUGAGUGCCGCGGGUCAGCGAAACUCUUCCCGCAGCUGCAACAGUCGGGCAGACAAAACGCACUUGUCGGGAGAACAGCAAGUGUGCAAGUAGGAGGAGGUAUGCAGCGGACGGUGGGUAGCGUUGGUCUUCAAGUAGUUGGCGGUGAGGAAAUGUUCGACGCGGCAGCCUUUUGCUCGCCGACUGCUGCAGCGCGCAGGAAAACAAAUCAAAGUGGAGCUGUAGGUGUGAUGUUUAACUAUCAGAGAGAUCUGAAGAGAGGCGUGAUUUCGCCGACGUCACACGCCAUUGGCAUUGGGGGGGUCAUUUCGUCCAACGUUGUCGAAUCGCCGGGGCCUUAUUCACCUCUGUCCUCCAUUGCCGAGGAGUAUGAACAGUACAAGGUACGCUGUGCACGCUCAUGCGCGAAUUUUUCGCGCAACGGUUGGGUUCUGCAGAAGCGCCUUUUCUGCCAAGCAGAUCCCUUACCAUGGAACGUGAUCGACCAAAUCGUCUCCGAGGCGCAUCCUCUGCCCGCCGCAACACCAUAUCCACUCCCAGACCCCAACGAAAAGACGCCCUCCGCCUACCACACCGCGUGGUGGCGUCUGCGUAACGUGUUGCGCAGUAUAGUUUUCGUCCUGCUUCCGGUAGACGAGCGGCGAGUGGAGCAGCGACAGGUUCGUGAAAAUCUACGCAUCGGUGAAGAUCCCUUCCUGGUAGACUGCGACGGCAACGUGAGCGCUCCCUCUGGUGGCGGGGGCGGCCUUGGAGGAGGCGGAGAAAACGGCAGCAACAGCAAGUCUGGUGCACGCGCUUCUCCUGUAGUCGGGGCGGACUCCAAUGUGAAAACGCGAGCUCCUGGAAAAAAAGCCCAACUUGGGAGUUCGAGCGCCAAAGAAAACAAACCCGUUUUAUUCUCGCCCCCUUCGAGAAACAAGCAACAUAAAGGACAGAUCGAGGAUACGCGCUAUGUUAUUGGGAGUGACAGUGAUCCGUGGGCUUCGAGUCGAGACCCGUCUAACGUCUUUCUUUCUGAGGGCGUCGAGCCCGGACCGAAUCUGCCUAUUGCAGGAGACGCCGAUGAAACCCCUCAUAUGGUUUUAAAUAACCAGCAGGAGGACGCAGUGGACCACCAGUUAGGUGGAACCAGCAGUGCAGCUGUUGAUCCAAGCAAUAAAAGAAAUAUGAAGACCACUUUGUUGCCUGGAGUACAACCUGCUGGCCCUAGUACGUGGUCUUCCGCAGGAGCUCCGUCGUCAUUAGUUGCUACUGGCUUCGGACGGGUAGGAGUGGCUCCUUCUUCGUUGUCGCCGAAAGAUCCUUCUGAUGGAUCAUCCGGAAAACUGGAAGAUCAUAAAAGCAGUACUAGUGAUGAAGUGGUUGAGAAGGGAGCUACAGGUACAGUCUCACCCAUCGUGGUACCGCGGAAAUUGUCGUCGCCCGCACCUCGUCCUCUGGCGCCUGAUUUGCGACCUCUCCCUGAUUAUAAACCUAGGCAGGAUCAUACAACUAGUAUUAACGAUGCACCACACGACCAGCACCAGACCGGUACAAUGGGGCAAACAAGGAAGGGUCCGAAAAGGUCGCGACGUGAACGAUACGUGGAGCAUUUUCGGAAGCUGAAAGCAGGACUUGAAGCUUACCUCUUUUACAAUGCUCCAGAUGGAGAGGGUGAGCAAGGCGCAGACAAGAACAGGAAGAAGAAUGUUUUGGACAUUGAAAUUCGGACGGGAGCGGUUUCAUCCGCCUCCUGCGGGUCCUCCUCAUUCCAAAGAGAGGACAAUUUCCGACGAGCGCCCCCAACGCGUCGCACAGCCAAAGUUCCAGUGCGUUGGAUAGAAAAAAGACCCAGCCCCUGGUCCAGCAAUGAGUGGCUACAAUUGCACCACGACAAUUUCUACGAUCCGCUAGAUGUCUUUCACAUUUCCGUUGAGUGGAUCCUCUGCUCCAAUGCUACAGCCUGGAAAUUCGUUCAAACGUUGGCGCUGCUAGCGGUACAAAACCGGUUCCGGCUGCAGCCAAUACCACACGGCGAGUUGUUGCCUCAACUGAGUCAGCGUGCAGUGAUGAACAGCAACGAUACAGAACUCAUUUACAAGCGCUCACCGUUCUCGUCUCGCAUCGGUAUUCGCAUUCCGAUCGGUGUACGAUUCAAUCACUUGGUGGAGGCCCUGCUGUCGCCGCCGCUAAAUCUCGUGCUGGUCUAUCACCACGAAGAGAGAACCAGCAAAAUAAUCUAUAACUCUAGUACAACUAGUACUAGAGCUGCAGGUGGCGCACCAGCAGGACUAGGAGAAGUAGGAGGUGGAGAUGGAGGCGAGAAAGAUCGUAGCAUCGAACAAGAGAUUUUGAGUACGGAAGAUGAGCAGACGAAUAUGUUGGAAGGCAACACGAAGACGUGGAGUACCCUUCAUCAUCAGAACAAUUAUCGUUCUGGUGGUGCAGCCCGCGCUGGAGGAGCAGCCUCGUCUCAAUUGGGUGGAGAUCGGGUAAAUGACAUGCUCUCUCGCCUCAUCGGUUUGGACUACAGUAACCCCGACAUGCCAGGUUGGAUCUUCAUGCAGAGAGAGAGCGGUUUGUACUUUAUCACCGUGACGCGAACCCAAAUUUUUUGGACCGAAUCCAAAUUUCUGGGAAGAAAAGCAACAAAAAAGCUCAGUGACGGGAUGAUGAGCAGCUACGAGUCGCGAAUGGACCAACAUUUUGACGACUUUAAACGCGCUCUGCAUCGCAUCUGGUGUGAAUCUCGACAGGUUAUCAUGAGGGGGUGGGAUGAAGAUGAACACUUCUGAGUCUCCUAACAUAGUUUUAUGAUUCUAUUUCUAGCUAGUUGAUCUUGAUGUACAACUUCUACGUACCUAGAGAAGUCCGUAGGGGCAAGCAGUCGUCGUGUCCUCUGGGCCAAAUAUCUGGCUUUUGAAAUUAAAGGUCUACUAGGUUGGUACGGGGAAUUAAUGAAUCCUUUUUACUUCAAUAACAUUUUUUGAGCCAGCUUCCUUCGUUUCAAUCUCCAUUAUGCAUAGUACACGACGAGGAGCUCGAUCUUUGUGUGUUCCAAUCCUUAGUUGUAUGUGCAAGGGGUCCACCACGUCCAACCAUUUGCCUUUAGCCUACCUUUACCUCUACCGCUUUCUUCACAUUCACCGCCUACACCACACACCUCCCCAUCCCUCAUGCCUACGCUUAUUGUUGAAUAGUCUGUAAGAAAUGUCCCCCAACAAGAUAUACUACAGGUUGUAUAGCACCAUCCAUCAUUCUGAUUGAGGUGUGGCUACCCUAUUUUUUUUUUAUAUCGUCCCUACGAAGACGACAGCCUGUUUAUUGUGCUAGCGCGACCACAGUGCCACCAGAGUUCCCGAUCCACAAGCGAGUCACAAUUUCUUAGCUCAUAUCUUGUUGAUUUCGCAUCUAUUCGAAACGAUGUGCCUUGACGACAUCUUCGUGAAGAUGUUGUCUGACAGUCACUCGUAGGUUAUCCUAGGUACUAUCAAUGUACAAGGAAAAACUAAAACAAGGAAAAAUCUUUAGAAGAGAACAUCAAGUACUUACAAAAGUUACACUGGUACGAUUACGUGCCGCUUCUGCCGCCUGCUCUCCGAAGGAAUGAUGUAAAGAAGAUAGCAGACGAGCAGGUGAGCAUGCUUUUGUAGCAGAACAAGUUUGCGGCACGACUCUGAACACUCUGUCGAUAGACGAAAUAUGAAUAAGAACCACAAGGCACGACCACAACAACAUCUAUAAAUAUUACUUAUAAUUAUAUAUGAUAUUCUUUUUGUCUCUAUGUCUACUAGUACUACCAGCACUUACCUCCGAGUGACUUUCUUUGACGAAGCCAAGUAAGACUGAUACGUCAUCAAAAAAGAAAUAUGCCUAAAAAGAACGGAUGAGUAUUGUAGUAGGACUUCUACUUAUGUAUCUGUUCAUUCUCCCUUAUUUUUCUUCAUCUCCUCCCUUCCUUGUCUAUUGAAGCAGAAAGAAUUAUGAAUACUUCUUGUCUUUUACUUUGUUUUGAUUACGCCAGCCAAGUAACCGUAGGUAGAAGGGUAAGCAGCAUGAUACGCAUAGCAUCAGCGGGAAACUUCUACUACUACGACGACGACGACCCCGACCAUGAUAUUGAUUUCGUUGUUUCUCCGCCUCAUGAAUUGUAGGUGAAUAUUUUGGCUUUCGUUUUCUAUUCCGGUUGUUUUCAAUCCCCGAUGAUUCACAAGAGUCGAUUUUUCCUCCAGCCGUCGCCUUGUCCUUGCCCCGACAAGGAC